ACAGAGGGAGCAGGCUACUUAUCCCACAAUGCAACAUGAUUGUGACGUCACUUCAGCAGCUUGCGCUUUUCACAGUUCAAAUGAUGGAGGGGGCGGUCUCCACUUUACAUGUAAUCAAGGGCUUAGGGCGUUUCAUUUGAACCCAUUUCAAGUGUUCUGCCAGUAGUGGGCACUCGUACAGCAUAAGAAAUGACGUACAUCUGAGUGAACAAGACUGAGGGAAGUUAUCAAGGGUAGGUCAUAAAAAAUAAAUUGAACGCAGCCCAUGCCAUUCACUCAUUUAUGGGGUAAAAUGCAACCUGUAUAUAGGUGUUUUUGAUCAUGUAAAACCUUUUUGUUUUAUUCAGACUAUGCCCAAAUAUAAUGCAGCAUGUUAAGUACAUUAUUUAUUUUUUAUAAUUAAUAAGGGAUUCAUGAUUUCUUUGACAAGGUUUAAUGGCUGCCAACCUGAAAAUGUGCAGGUGAUUAAUAGGAGGAGCCGUGUAAGAAUUUCAGGUGUAUGAGAUCAUAAGUGAAAGUAAAAUCAAACAAGUUUCUGCUUGAUCCCUUUGUACAAACUCUCAUGAACAGAAUUUAUUCAGACGCUAUAGACGAUUUUCAACAAACUUAAUGUUGAGCUGAAGAAGCUGUGUUCUUGGAGUGAUGGAGUUCAUUUGUGUGACUCUGAUUAUUUUUAUUGGAAUCACAGAUUCAACAGCAGGUCAAUAUGCGGUUGUGGGACCUGUAGAUCCUCUCCUUACUGUAGCUGGUGAAGAUGCAAUUCUGCCCUGUUCUCUCAAACCCAACACCAGUGCUGUAAACAUGAGAGUCGAGUGGUUUAGAGUUGAUCUCAAAGGGUCAAUAGUUCAUCUCUAUGAAUCUCAUGAAGAUAACAACAUAAAUCAGCUUCAGUCGUACAGAGGAAGAACUGAAGUGUUUAAAGAUGAACUUCAGAAAGGAAACACAUCACUCAAACUCUCAAGAGUUAAAUUGUUUGAUGAAGGACUUUACAAGUGUUUAAUCGAGUAUAAAUCCUGGAGUGCUGACAUCACUGUUGAUCUUAGAGUUGAAGCUGUAGGAAGUCCUCCACUCAUCACUGUAGAUGGAUUUGAUGGUUCUGGUGGACUUCAUCUUCAGUGUGAAUCUAAAGGUUGGAACCCUGAACCUGAACUUGUGUGGCUGGACAGUGAAGGAGUCACUUUGACAUCUGAAACUACAGAAAAACAGAGAGAGACAGAUGGAUUCAGAGUGAAACAAAUGAUCACUGUAUAUAACAGAGACAGUAAAUAUCACAGUAGGGUCAUAAUGAGACAUCACAUGAUGGACACUGAUAUUAUUCUAUCAAGUAAAAUGUUUAACUCUUGGAGGACAUCAGUGGUCCUGAUUUCAUUUGCUGUUAUAUUCAGUGUGAUCACUGGGAUAUUGAUCGCUAUGUUCAUCUAUAGACACAGAGAAAUACAGAGAAAGAAACUGAGUGAAGACGAGAGACUAAAGACUGAAGAGAGGAGACUAAAAAAUGAAUGUGAGAGACUUGCAAUGAUAGAGAAGGGGACUGUAGAAAGUUUGAAAUCACUCUUAAGAAAAUUUGCAGUGAAUGUGACUCUGGAUCCUGAUUCAGCUCAUCCAGAUCUUAUUGUGUCUGAUGAUGGGAAACAAGUGAGAUAUGAAAAACAAUCAGGGACAGUGAAGGAUGGAGAUCAAAAGACAAAUAACAAGUUUGACGAAGAGCUCUGUGUUCUUGGAAAGGAAGGAUUCACUUCAAAGUGUUUUUACUAUGAGGUGCAGGUGAAGGGGUUAAGUGAGUGGUUUGUGGGUGUGGCCAAAGAAUCUGUUAAGAGGAAGGGGUUUGUUAGUCUGAAUCCUGAGAAGGGAUAUUGGGUGGCUGGUUUGAGAGGAGGAAAGUAUCAGGCUAGUGAGUAUCCAUAUAUUCCUAUUUCUGUGAGCGUGAAGCCUCAGAGAGUCGGGAUGUUUGUGGAUAAUGAUGAGGGUCGAGUCUCUUUUUAUGAUGUGGAGUCUAUGUGUCAUAUCUACUCUUUUACUGAUCAAUCUUUUAAUGAUAAACUACAUCCGAUCUUUUGGCAUAGUAACUCUGUACCACUCAUCAUCUGUGAUCUCUGAGAUUUGAUCUAUCAAAGUAAAAAUCCUCUCCUCAAGUUAUUUGUGUAACUUGGAUGAUAUUAUACACAGGGAGAUGUGUGUCAUUUUCAGGAACAUACAUUUGAUGCUGAUCUGGUAGGCUCUGGCAUAAAGCCUGUGUCACUGGAAAGCCUUGUUGAAUGCUGUCCACUACUAAUGGACUGUAACAAUCUUCUCAAUAAUGUCAUGGGGAGUCAUUUACCACCUGUUGAAUCGUUGUCUAGUCAGACUGAGCAUUGAGAACACAACUAAGAUUAUUCAGUUAACUCUGCUCAUUUUGGGCCCUAUCAUACACCUGGCCUAAUGCAGCGCAAGUGUUAACUUUUCACUUUCAAGUCCUGCACCACGUUGUUUACAUACCAAAUGCAUUUGCACCCAUUUGUGCGCCCAUAGCUGGUCUGAAAUAGAAGUGUUUAGGCGCAUUGUUGGUGCAUUGCUAUUUUAAGGCAUCUGAAAAGGACUGUGCCACUGACCAACUAAAAUUUGAUCUAAAGUCAAUGGCACAUUUUUUACAUUUAUAUUUUAUAUAGUAUUAUGCACCUAUAAAUGGGACGACAAUGUCCUAAUUACACACACAACCAUUUGUGACAUGUGCUGGCAAAAUGAGUCAUAAUGAGCACAUUUUCAAAAAUGAGUUUAUUUAUUUUGGCAUUCUCUAUUAAAUUAAAACUUAAAAAAGUAUGAUUUGUUAAAAUCUAAUAAAAAUGAUAGAGCUACACCUGUUUGAAGUUGACAGAGUCAGCAAAGUCAUUUGUGAAAAAUCGAGUUUUUGAGCGUUCAAAAACAAAAUGACUGCAUCCAUAUCUUAUAAUCACUGAUAAAACGAAUAGAUUAGGCACACACAAAGUCAAAACCAAUAUCUAUAGGAAUAUAUAUGUUUAACUUUUUCCUUUCUUUUAUUGUUUGAUUGAUGUUGAGACAGUCAGCUUUAAGAUUGACUGUAUUGCAGAGAUCUAAUAUAUUGUUACACAUCAGAUAUUUUUUCCUCACAGUUAACCAAACACUCACUUAAGACAUAACAGAUUAUAUCUGUGUAAAUUCUUGACAAAACAGAUAUUUUUUAAACUGUAAUUCUGCGUAUAUGUGUAUAUAUAGGGUUCGCUCACUCCCGCAUAUGUGUACAUAUGUGCUUCGGAUCUGUCAAUCAGUGAGAAGAAAAUCGUGUUCAAGUCUGUAACUCUUAAUAACUCUUUUACCAUCAAGAAAGUCCUGCACUUCAUUUUCUAAUGUUUCUAAACCAAAAUCAAAAUGUCAGAUGCGCAUGUGGAUGGAUGCAUCCACAAUCAAUAUUUAUACUUUUGCCUGUAGCUCAAAAUUAGACAGUGCGCAUUACGACUCAUUUUGCCAACACGGUUAGAUUUUUAAAUAUGAAAAAUUAAAGGAUUAAAAUGUAAAAGAUUAUUAUUGUGUUUCUUGGAUAAUCGUGUGUCAUAUGGUGAGAUGAAAAACACUCACAACGGUCUCUCAGGUUCUGAAACGUUGCGGCUCUCGAAAUGUUUGUAAAUCUCCUGUUUGUUACAAAUAAAGUAUUUUUUGAGUGCAAACCUUUUUUUUUGCAUAUUUGUAAAUUAUUCUUGUAAAAAUAUUUUUUGAGUUUACAGUGAUCAUGUAUCCAUAAUUUUUCAGGACACACCCUAAGUGUACUUGCGCUGUGCACUAUAGAUCAUACGCUUAGAUCAUUAAAAUAGGGCCUUUAUUUUAUCAUCGCUUUAUCUUCCUGAUGGUCUUCUCCAUCUCUGUCUCAUGGAUGAGUAAAAGUGUUAACUCACAACAGAGUUGACUAACUUGAGUAACAGACAAGAUCAUUAUCCUGAUAGAGACUGACAUCAUGACCUACAGUAUUAUCAACAAUAAAUAACACUUCAUUAAAUCAUCAGCAUGUUUUGUUUAAAAUAUUCCUGUAGUCACUUUGUGAAGUCCUGUCACAGUUCUGACUUCAGUUUGUGUAAAUGUUCAUGACUCCUGAUUAUAAUUUGUUAAUUACAAAUUUUUAGUCUGAUUGUAUUUUGCUCAUUGGGAAGACAAAGUGAGACAAAGAAAAAUAUGUAACAUAAGAUUGUGAAUGAACAUUUUACAUUUGCUUGGAGAUUUAU